GGGAUUCAUGUCAAUGAGUAGAGUCAUCAAGGGCUCCCUAGUGGUGCUAGCUAUUUCUAUAAUUGCGCCCAACAAGCCGUUACAGACCCUGUUGGCGUUUUCAAUUCUCGGUUAUUUGAUAACGGUUUCUCUCAUACCCAAAUUAAUGGCUAGUUUUAUGAAAAUUGGGUUAAAGGGCAAAGAUUUAUCCAAACCACCUCCAGUGACCGAAAUAGCAGAGUCAAUGGGUAUAGUUUCAUCGGUUACGUACUUGUUUUUGAUGUUUGGCUUAAUUCCGUUUAUUUUUUUCAAGUACUUGGUCACAUUUACUGCGUUAUCAAAUGAUUCAGUAAUUUCAGAUAAUUACACUGAUCAGUACUCUUCGUUGAGUAAUAAUAAGCUUUUCCCUCAUAAUAAGUUAUCUGAAUACUUGAGUGCCGUGCUUUGCCUACAAAGUACCGUAUUAUUGGGAUUAUUUGAUGAUUUGUUUGAUAUAAGAUGGCGUCAUAAAUUUUUUUUACCAGCAGUGGCUUCAUUACCCUUAUUGAUUGUGUACUAUGUUGAUUUCAGUGUCACUUCUAUUGUGGUGCCCAAGUUUGUUACAGACCUAUUACCAGGAGGAGACUUGCUUCUUGAGCUCCUUAAUCAAGUGAUUAGAUUAGGGAACCAUCUUGUAACCAAGAUCACCGGACUCUCCUUCAGUACUUUACCCAAUGAUUAUGAAUACUCCCAUGACCAGCCAAAAUUGUUGGACUUGGGAAUAUUUUAUUACGUCUAUAUGUCUGCCAUAUCCAUUUUCUCACCAAAUUCGAUUAAUAUAUUGGCUGGUAUAAAUGGUCUCGAAGUUGGCCAAUCAAUAAUUUUGGGGAUCAUUUUCUUAAUCAACGAUUUUUGCUACUUGUUAUCUCCAGGGGUUCCCCAAGCUGCCCACGAUUCCCAUUUGUUCUCGGCAAUCUUCAUCAUUCCUUUUAUUGGGGUUUCAAUUGCCUUGUUUCAGUUCAAUUUCUUCCCGGCCCGGGUGUUUGUAGGUGAUACCUACUGCUAUUUCAGUGGGAUGGUAUUCGCAAUUGUUGGUAUCUUGGGCCACUUCUCGAAAACCCUCUUGAUCUUCUUAUUACCACAAAUCAUCAAUUUUGUUUAUUCAGUACCCCAAAUAUUCGGUUUGGUCCCUUGUCCAAGACACCGGUUACCCAAAUUCAAUUUAUCCGAUGGAUUAAUGUAUCCUAGUUUCGGCCAAUUGAAGAAACUCACUCCGGUAUCUAAAGCAAUGCUACUCGUUCUCGAGAAAUUCAAACUCAUCAAACUCACCAGAGAUGAAAAAACCAACCAGAUUGUGGCCUUUUCGAACAUGACCAUCAUUAACCUUACCCUUGUUUGGUUUGGUCCAUUGCGGGAAGACCACUUGUGUGUGUUGAUCAUGACAUUACAGCUUCUCAUUGGAGUGUCUAUGAUAGUCGUCAGGCACACAGUUGGCCCAUGGCUCUUUGGCUUCGACAACUUGACCUGGGGGGUCAAGUAAGUAAAUCCUCUGUAUAUAGACUUUAAUAGAUGCAAAAAGACCAC